AUGAAACCGUCACAACCGUUAAGCAACCGAAUCAUUGAUCAGCUCGCCGCCGCCAUGAUCCAGAACCGUCCAUUCGACGCCGUCCUCGCCUCUUCAACAGUCGCAAGUCCAUGGACUCAUCAGCUCGUCUCCAAUAUCCUCCGCUCCAUCCCCAGAUUCUUCUUCAUGUCCCCACGUUCCAUCGGCCGGCAAAAGGGUUUCCGUCACCGGUCGCCGUUAAAACAGAGAAACCUCCGUGAAGAAUCAGCACGACGCCGUCUUGAAGUCCUAGUUCUAGGUCCCGGCGCGUAUAUAAAUCCUAAGAAAGUAUCUCUCGGUUUGCACAAAGCAACGGAGUUCUUCUUUUGGAUCGAGACACAGUUCGGUUUCGAACAUAACGAGAUCACUUGCAGAGAAAUGGCAUGCUUGUUCGCCAAAGGAAACGACUUCAAAGGUCUCUGGGACUUUCUCCGGCAAGUCUCGCGACGUGAGAACGGAGGAAGCGUGGUGACCACAUCGUCUAUAACGUGUUUGAUGAAAUGCCUAGGAGAAGAAGGUUUUGUGAAAGAGGCAUUAGCUACGUUUUACAGGAUGAAAAAGUUGUUUCGAACUCUUCAGAAACAAAAACAACACCUUGCACCUGAUCCUAAAAUCUCGGUGAUUGAUGUAGCUUCUGCUUGGAUCUUCGAUUGGUUAAACACGGGUUCUGGAUUUGAGAAAGACGAGUUCGUGUUGGAUCAUUUAAGAAAGACUUUUGAGUAUCGAAACAAAGCUUUCAUUGCUGUUUCUUUUUCAAAUUCUGACAGCAACUGGGAAGAAGUGGUGAAAGAAAAUAACGGUCAAAAUUAA